CAGGGUCCGGGGAGACCGGAUAUAGUGAAUGCAGGGUCCGGGGAGACCGGAUAUAGUGAAUGCAGGGUCCGGGGAGACCGGAUAUAGUGAAAUGCAGUGGGCGGUUCCGGGAGACCGGAUGAUAUAGUGAAUGCAGGGUCCGGGAGACCGGAUAUAGUGAAUGCAGGGUCCGGGGAGACCGGAUAUAGUGAAUGCAGGGUCCGGGGAGACCGGAUAUAGUGAGAAUGCAGGGUCCGGGGAGACCGGAUAUAGUGAAUGCAGGGUCUGGGGAGACCGGAUAUAGUGAAUGCAGGGUCCGGGGAGACCGGGGAUGUAGUGAAUGCAGGGUCCUGAGUUUACAUGAGUAGAACAGGUGAUUGCAGGGCAACACAGAUAAGGCUAGUAAAUGUA